GUCAUGAGGUGAGAACGUUACCUCUAGACUACGGAAGCCACUGUUAUCUGAAUUAACUAUAGACCCUAAAUAUUUAUAGUGAGAAACUUGUUCUGUAUUUAUGUCACUCAACUGACCCAAUCCCUCCAGCCACACCAUGGGCCUGUAAUUUAACCCAGCCUCCAACAGAAACGAGCCCCUGGAAUCCCCUCGGGCGCAAAGGCAGCUGAUGCAUAAGGCUGACAACCCCCACCGCUAUCUGUGACCCGACCGUGCAGAAAAUGUGGGAGCCUUGAUGCCUCACAGCCCUAUCAGUCACCACGGCCAGCCAACGGGACAGCUUCAACUUUUAUUUCUGUCUUGUCAACUUGUCUGGUUAAUUAGUGUAAUGUGUUAAUGUAUCUCCUACAUUUAAUUACAUGAGAGAGAGACAGUGACUUUUAGUUAGCUUUGAGAGACCACAUUUAUGGACGCAAUAUGACAAUAUCUUACAGGUAUUGAGCUCACUGUACAGUUCAGCUGGAAAUCCGACACUCGUGCAACGUGAAUGCUGCUACCGUUCCCGUGUCUUGAUCUGUUCAAUGUUCCUUACAGUUGCUCAUAUUAGUGAGUAUUUCAUCUCUUGCUUUAGGAAGCAGUGCACUGAAAGACAAACAUACAAUUUACUUACUCUGCAUGAAGAAUGACCUCUAUAAUUAGGCCAGAGCGUCAGCAGCUUCAUAAAUUCCAUUUGACUGUAGUCUUGCAAUAUAUUUCAUGUGGGAUACAUAAUGACUGCGUGUCAGAACGUGGGAUAAUGGUGCUAAAAUAUAUUCUUUACCUGUUUCUGCUCAUUAGAUAUGAUGAAAAAUGAUUCUCAUUAAAUGUUUGAUAUAUUCAGACCAAGGAUAAAUCUGUACAAGUCAGUAAUCUUCAUUAACUCGUGUGGUGAGAGGGCAAGCAUAUUUCUGGAGUCUUAACCCAGUAAUAUUUAUAAAUACUUUAUAUGAAACAUGUUAGAUUUGGCUUCAGUCAAAACUCUUUUAUGUUACUACAGCUGUAUAUCAGAACUCAUAUAUUAUUGUUGUGGUCAGCCAUAUUUACAACUGUCUGAGAUGCUGUGCUGACAAGUGUUCCUAGGUCUUGUAACCAGCUGUAAGAAAAGCAAACAAUCACAUUAGCAAAGUAAUGUUACUGAUGCAAUCAUACUGAUAUCUCAGUCCAUUACUUCGCAUGUCCAUUAACUGUGAACCUGAAAAUGAUGUUAAAUUCUGGAGGUCUACACUGAAUAAUGGGGAACUCCAGCACCAUUGUUGAAGACUUGAAGGAGUCAGGUCGGUAUAUCGGCUGUAGGCGUAGGCCUCGUUAUUUUUACCAUAUUAACAUGGCUGCGCCACAAGAGACAAUCAGAAAGGGCCCCUGCCGCCCCGGAACGAGAACGCCAGGAGCUUCAAGUACGCCAGGGGCGUGCAGUACGCCAGGAGCCGGGCCACCAGGCAGAAGCUCGCCGGAGGGCCGGCCUCGAAAAAAAACAAUGGCGAUACUAGCAGCAUACAAAGAAGAAAGGAAGCCAGACGGCUAUUCAUGUAUAUAAUAAUAUUAUUAAAAUAGAAUUUCUUUGCUUUCCCAUUUUUCAGAAAAUUCUUCAUUAGUUAGUCAGUUUAUUACAUUUCAGAAAAUUAAUUAAA